CGGGCUUCCAUCCAGAUCGAAGCAGACGGGCGUGCCAAGCUGUGGUGGGUAUGACGCGAUGCGCACACCAUCUAUUUUCGCUGGGAAGGCUUGCGUGGACGAGAUUGGGAUUCGAUAUCCAGAUGUCGGAAGGGAUCCAGCAUCAGUGGAAGGCGAGGGAUCCAUGGAGACUUGGAUGAUUAGCAAGGAGGCUGGGUAAUAAUUUUGCGAGGUGUUAGAGUGUUAAGAGCAAUGCGAAGUCAGGAUAGAUUAAGUUGUCUGGUCAGGCCAACAAGAUGAUGUAGGAUGCGGUUGAGAAGGGAACUCGCGGAUGACGGCAAGCAAGCCUUCGAUGCGUCUGGAUCAGGUGAGAGUGCGCGGCCUCGUGAUGAACAAAAAAGUUCGGAAAGCCGCGCGUGCACCGCAGUAACGCUAUUCGUUCUGACUUGCUUGGAAUUUGAAGGGAUUGGAGGAGCUAACGCGCAUCUUGCGAACUGGCGCCCCGACGAAGACGAGUCAGGAAGUCCAUGCUUCUGAACUGCUUUGUCUUGGUGAAAGAGCCAGGAUUAUUCAUGACAAGAUGCUGUAGCAAGGACCAUGGGAUAUUAUCGACAGUUAUCAUGAGGGAGCGGAGGGAGGGAGGUCUUUCGAUGAU